GCUACACACCGCUGAGGUCACAGAAUUCAAUAAGAGUCUAAAGCCUUUUCUGCGGAAAAUUCAAGUUUCUUGAGGAUUUUUUUUUCUCGUGAAAUAGUCGCAGUUUUUUCUGCCGACAAAACAAUUAAAAGGGAUGCGUUUGAGUCUCCCGUUCCUUGUGUGCGCUAUCGUCGCCUCUUUGCAUUACAGCACAGAGGCUGAGCGAUUCUCCAACUCCAGAUACCUUCUGGGAAGAGCUCUUCUUAGAAGAGCGCGGGAGAUCAAUGAAACGAGAAGCAAUGGUGACGAGUUAGAGGAUGAGGUGUCGGAGGAAGAAAGGGAAAGAAUUCUGCAAACAGAAGCUGCGGAAGACAUAUUCGUUGGCUCCGGAAAUCACGUGUAUGAGAGCCAGGGGAAAUCGGAGACUUCCGGCUCUAGGCGUGAUGAAACUUCCGGCGAUGAAGGCAAACAGGUCGAGGAAUCGGGAAAUGAUGAAGAUGGUCCCAAUUCCGGUGACAGCGGUGAGGGUGAUAAGAGCGAUGAUGAUGAAAGUGAUGACGACGACGAUGAGGAGAAAAGUGAAGAUGAUGAUGAUGACGAUGGUACAGAGACAAAAAAAGAACAAGAAAGUUCAGACGAUGAGGUUACCAGCGGCUCAGGACUGAUUGAAAAUGAGAACGCUGCAAGGCGUAGCGAGGACGUUUCCGGUUCAGGCUCCGGAAGUGCGCAACAAGAUGAUAACUCGGACCAAUCGGGGUCGGCAGGAAGUGGCGUUGAGGCGUUGACACCCGCAUCAGCAUCAGGAGAUGAGGCUAGCGGAGUUGCAGUACAGAGCAGUGAGAACAACGUGGAGGAAACUGCCUCAAGAAAAUCAGAAAUUGCUACAGUUUCUGGAGAAAGUGAGGACGAAGACGAUGAUAGCGGAAGUGCUGAAGUCAUAAAAAAGGGGAUCGAGAGCUUGAGCCGACUCUUAACGCCAGUGGCCAGCGGUUAUGAAUUUGAGCUGUACAGCGGUAGUGCAGCAAAACAUGACAAGGAGCAGGAAAGCCAAGCCGAAGGUGAAAGCGAAAAAGGAGAGAGCUCAGAUGCAGAAGAAGUCCAUGUCAAGCAGUGUAAGAGGGUGUGUGAGGACCCCAUGACAUACGAGCAGUGCGCAGUUCCUCGAUGCGACUAUAAAAUGGGAACCAUCAAGGAUUUGUGCAUCUAUUUAUGUAAGCACCAGACCCCUGUGUGUAGACAAGAAUGUGAGUAAGGUAUACCUUAACAAACCUCAUUUUGCAAUGUGAAUUAUUCAUAAGGUUUUGUCUCGGUUUCAUUACGAGGCUCUAAGUGGAAGCCUGUGGAAUUUGGCCUUUCUAGGCCCUAGGCCCUGAAGUAAUUUGUUUGUUAAAUUCGCUAUUGAGGGCCUGGGGCCUGAGAUGGGGUAAAUCUAAUGUAAUGAUAGUGUUAUAUCGCUGGCUUAUAGCCUUUUCAUUCUUACUGUUACGAAAUUUAUCUUCUGACUUUAUUAAUUCCCACAGACGGAUCUCCUAAACUUGCAUGUCAAACGUAUGCCAUUAAGCCGUAGCAUUAGCUACAAGAUACAACAAAAAUAAUAACGGAAUUGGCACGGAAGUGUAUUUUGAGGGAGUUAAACAAGCAAGAUAUUGCCUUUUUAUCUCCUUUUCAAACACGUCAGACAAUUUUCAUUAACACAAGCAAACAAUUUACAGCAGAACUGCAAUUUAAGUGUUCAAUAUAGACUGCCAAAUGGAGCCUUACACUGAAUAACGAACGUUAAACUUUUGAGUAAAACACGCUUCGAAGUUUGAGGCCGUGAUAUCUCCGGAGAAGUUCACCAUCUUGAUAGGUGUAAGCACCAAAGUUUUCCUACAACUUGUUAUCAACGGCUCAUUUUGCAGCUCACAAAAUGAGUGAAUUUGGUCGUCUUUUUAAAUCAGACGUAAAGGCAAACGAAAAACCCUUGUUACUUAAACAAAACAUAAUAAUAACGGUACUAUUCGACAACGCUUGCUCACAAAAUAAUGAGAGGUAGAAAAAUUAUUAGUUCUUGAGGCUAUGUGCUUAAAAUAAAGAUAAAAAUUAAAUAUAAUCGGUAUCAAAACCGAGCUUUGGGUCAUCAAACCCACGAUCGUUCAGUUUUAAAGGGGUUGCAUUCGACAACCACCUGUUAAUGUUUAUCGGGUGGUCUAAAAUAUAUAAAACCGUCACCCAUGGUGGCUCUCUGUAGUUAUUGAACGACCUGGGUACAAAACUUUGAAAUGAUUUGUUGUUUUCGUAUGCGAAAUAUGUAAAAGUAACGCAGUCAAAAACAUUGAGGUUUUUUACACCUAGAUUUCUUACUUUUAAAGACUAAGGAGUUAUCGUUAUAAUGACUUAAAGACCCUUUGACGGGAAUACGUAAAUGGUGAGAAUACGUAAAUGGCGGGAAUACGUAAAUGGCGGGAAAAGACAAACGGCGACAAGCGAACUAAUUCUUGGUCCCACAUUCCUCUUGUCAUUGAAAGAACGAGUCAAUCUGGUGACAAGAAUGACCCAAUAACGGUUAGGGUCCAGGUCUCUUCGAUAAAUUCCUAGACUUAAUUAGAAAUAUAACAUAAAUUAGAAUACACUACAAGAGGUUUUAGAAAUACUCUUGGAAAUAAAGUUGUUCAGAUUAAGAUGCAA